GAACUGGGUGUACACGUGCGUGCGUGCGAGCCAGCCCGCGUCUGCGAUGGAGCAGGGGGGCGAGUAUCGUAGCUGCAGGAUGUAGGGAAACGUUUACCUAAAGGGAUAGAGCAGAGGAGCAGGGUUUCUUGUGGGGGUUUUGGAAUUUUUUGUCUUGGGUCUUGGGUGUUGGAGUGCAUACAUGCAUGCAUACGUUGAUCGACAUGAUGAUGAUUGGGGACUCCAAAUAGUUGGAGGUGGUUUGGGUUGUUUACUUGGAGAUAUAGGAGGUGUGAAUGCUUAUCAGCACUCAAUCGGACGGGUCGAUUUAAUGCCUGCGAUGAUCGUUAACAUCAUCGAGAUUGUCGAACAAGUCGAUUGUCGAUCAUUCUUCGUCUACAACAAUCAAUGACGAGAGGAAAACGCGAAGAACACAUCCUCCAUGAACGAUAGGACGGGCACCAAAAGACGGAUCGUGUUCGGUCUCGUCCAUGGUCUUCUCGCUUCGUUUCGUCUCGUAUGUAGUUCAGUUUUGCCAUGUGCGCGUGGCCGAACGUCCCU